AUGGUUGCAAUUUUUCAGAAUGAUGAAAAAUGUUUACAAGGUCAGUGUUAUGUCCAUGUGUGUGAAGAUCACAGCUUAAGUCCCACAUGGAUUACUGGAAAAGAUUGCUCAAGUUUACUUCCAACAAAAGCUGAUGUUUUUGUUUGUGAAGAAUUUACUGGCUCUUCUUUUGGAUAUUUGAGAAGUUUUGAUUGCAUUAGUCUUAUUGGACCAAGAUGUGUACUUGACUGUCUGGCUGCCGAUAUUUUAAUUCCAAAGAGCAAAUUUCCAUUGUUCACUUUGGCGAUGCGAGACCUAGUUAUAACAACAACUGGCUUUUCGGAACCAGAAAAGACAUUACUUGCUGAAAAAAUUCAAUACAUGGGUGGUAUAUACUGCCCUGAAUAUCGCCAGUCUGUCACUCACGUAGUUGCAAAUCAUCUCUGCAGGGCAAAAUAUGAGAAAGCUGUGGAAAAUUGUAUUCCUGUGAUGAGAGAGCAAUGGGUAGAGGCUGUAUGGCAAGCUAGCAAGAAACGCAAUGUACAUGCAAAUGAUGAAGAAUUUCACCAAUACAAAUGUCCAGUAUUCUAUAAACUAGUGGUUACAUGUUCUCAGAUACCCCGAAAGCAAAAAGAUGCUCUAAAAUCCAACAUUAACAAAAAUGGAGGAGAAUUUUGUGGAGAACUUGAAGCAGGUCGUACUAAUGUGCUUAUAGUAUCCAAACCCUAUGGUGAUAAAUUUACUCAUGCAAAUAUAUGGAAAAUUCCGUGUGUGACUCCAGAGUGGGUUACAGAAAGCAUUUCUAAAGGGCAUGCUUUACCAUUAGAGAAAUUUGCUCUAGUUCGCUGUGAUCCAAAAUGUUCGACUCCAGAGCACAGUACUGAUACAACUGGUUUGCCAGACAUCUCUGCUAGUAUAAUAAAUGUUCCAACAUCACAUGUGAAUGAAACUGUGUCACUAGAUUGUACUAAAACUCCUGCAAAAACUCCCGUUAAAACACCUGUUGGAAACACUUCAAUGAUAGCUGUGAAUCACCUAGAAUCACCUAAGAAAGACAAACACUUGCAAUUAAUAAACAAAAUAAAUGUAUCAGAUGUCAAGAAAGCAGGUGUAUUUCUGGAUGGUUGCAAUAUUUAUUUAUCUGGAUUCAGCCCAGAGUACACUGAGAAAAUUAGAAAAAUCAUUAAUAGUGGAGGUGCAACUAGAUUUAAUGAAAUAUCGGAUUCAGUUACUCAUGUCAUUGUGGGAGAUUUUGUUCAAUCUGAUAUAAGGGUACUAAAAUCUCUAGGAUCAAGGAUACAUGUUGUAACUGUGGAAUGGUUAAUUGAAAGUAUACGUUUACGAAGUACAGCUCCAGAAGAUAAGUUCUCUUGUUUAGAUGAUUUACCAUCCCCAAUUGAAUUUCAGUCGCCACUUAGCAAAAAGGGCUUGCUUGCACUACAUUCUCAAAAUAAAAAACAUGUUCGUUCAAUUGAUAUGGGAAUUACAUUUUCAAUUGCUGGUUACACUGCUGUUGACACAAAGGAGAUUGAAAGACUCAUAUCUACUGCUGGAGGAAAAGUGGUAGCUCGAAGGUUCAAGGGAAUUCCUGAUUAUGGGGUGGUCCCUGUUCAAGGAGCUGUCUUGUUUCACACUACCACGGAAAUUGUAACACAUUUGUGGUUGGAUGACUGUGCUGAUGAAGGAAUGCUUCUACCUCUGAAAUACUACCAUCAGCCAGUGAAUUUCGAUGUAGAAGCCAAACCACUUUCUGGGUGUGUGAUAACCACAACAUCAUAUAGUGGUGCUGAAUUGCGUUUCAUUACAGAAUUGUUGGAGGGUUUAGGAGCAGUACAUCAGUCAAUGAUGGCUCGAAUCAAUCGCCCUGCUGAUAACUUGCUUGCGACAAGUCACCUGAUAUGUCCCAUUGAUACAGACCUCACAACAAGUCGUAAAUACAAAGCUGCUUGCAAGUGGGGGAUUCCAUCAGUCUGUCAUAAUUGGCUUUUAUCUUGUGCUAAAGAAAAUAAACGUAUUAAUGAGCAAGAAUAUUUAGUUUCUCCUGACUCACAUGAUUCAUCUGUGGUGAUUGCAAGAACUCCUCAAGGUGUGAAACGGAAAUUUGCUGAAGACCACACUGAAUCCAAAAUUGAAGCACCAGCAAUCAGUAGUACUAUGUGUGCACCACAGAGUGCUUUUCAUCAAGGCACAACUGCAUCAACAACUCCUGUUGCUUUAAAAACCCCAGUUUCCUGUGCUACUCCUGAUGAUGUUCCUUACACUACUCCCCGGUCUCCAGGAGACAUCCCAACUCCAGAAACACCAUAUGGGAGAGUGUUUGUAGAAAAUCCUUCUCCGAAAACCCGAAAGAUGUGGAAGAAAUGGAUCGAUAGGUGGCCAGAAGAACCAGAAUUUAAACCUCCUCCUCCUAAAGAGCGACGGAAGAGUACCCCAAUGGCAGAACUGAUUCAUAGAUGUUGGCAGAAAUUUGCCCAUGAACCUUACAUGAAAAGUUUCCAUACCAAUAAUCAAGAUGGCAGUCAGAUCGAGGAUCUAGAUGACCAGGCUGGACCUUCUGGUGCUGACUGCAGGUCCUUGAACAACUCGUCAGUUGACCCAAAUCAGGAGUUGCAUCAAAUCCUAGAUUCUGCUUCAAAAGCUAGCAAAGAAUCUGAUACCGAUAGCCUCUCAACUCCUCGCUCCCAUUCCGCUAGAAACAUUGCAAGAGCUCCUGAAAGUUUAGAUCUUUGCACAGAUCUGGUUGAAUGGGUAGAUCCUGUGAUUUCCAAUCAACAAAAACCAACACCUGUGUUCCUACUUACAUCAAUUGAUAACCGAGAGCAGUGUGAAGAAAUGAUACGGUCAUUAGGAGGAAUUGUUUGCUCCCCUCAGAUAUCUGUAUCGAAUUCAGUAUCAUUUGAACAAAAUGCUACUCACUUGUUAUGUCAACAACCAUCAAGAAAUGAAAAGGUAUUGACAAGUAUUGCAGCUGGAAAAUGGGUUUUGGAGAAACUCUAUCUUGAGGACAGCAAAAGGGAAGGACAUUUCUUAAAUGAGGAGGAUUAUGAAUGGGGAAAUCCAAAAGCUUCCUACUUGCAGAAAUUAUUGAAGCCAGGUUCCUUAAAUGAACAGCUGGCAAAGGCAGUAUAUCGAUGGCGAUGUAAAAUUCAGAUUACUGGGAAGAAAGCUUUUCAUGGCAUGAAAGCUAUCAUUUGUUCAUCAAAAGAAAAGGCUGAAUUAUACAAAAGAAUUGUUAUUGCUGGUGGUGGAGAAGUUUUAAAUAUCAGCCCUCCGUUUAGUGAGCCAGGCUGUGCAACAGUGUGUAUUCUAGAGCUAGCAAAAGUGCAACACCGAGUGGAUUUACAAACAUUAGUGGACAAAAAAGUGCCUUGUGUUCCUCCUUUAUAUUUGAAUGAUUACCUAAUAUCUGAUCCACCUCCAGAUGUUAUGGAUUGCUUAAUUCCAGAAUACAGGGCAUUACAAUAAGAUGUUUUUUUACUUUCAUAAUUGCAAUCUUGUAGAUUGACUGUUUAUAAUUAAUUAUUAAUUAUAUUUAUUUUUGUUUUAGUGCAUUUUUCAGAAGUAUGUUUAUAUAUAGGCAAUGUACAUUUUUUAUUUGUAUAUUUUAGAGAAUAAUAAAUUAUUAAAGCAUGAUCCUUUUUUUAAAUUAUGUGAUACAGUAACAAACAUUGUGCUUUGAAUGGAUUUUGGUUUUGUAAUAUAUUUGUUCAAAAUUAUUCCA